GAUUUCAGUCGUGUUCCGUAUCUCCCGCCGGGACCAUCCAGUCCAGUGAUACAUACAUACAAACAAAUUGAUUAUUAUUGCCAUAUUGUUUUUGUUUUAUAUUUUAAAUAAGUAAUAUUUUGUGAAAGUGUUUUAGAAGUAGAGAUUGAAUUGAAUAAAAGAUUCCUUUAAAACACAGUAAAAACAUGUCCAACUAAAAAUGGGGCCAAUCAAGACAUUCCUUCUAUUUCUCAUAUUCAAAACAUGUGCAAGCGAGAAUCUAGACCAUUUCUUUCGAAAAAUAAACGAAGAAACUGGCAACUUCAGUUCCAUAGCAGCCAAUCUAGCGUGGGAGUCUUCAGUAAACCCUGGCAACCCCGAACUGCCAGCACGAUCGGCGACAUAUCAAAAAAAUCGAAUUAAAUGGCAACACAGUAUUUGUGAGAAGCUGGCAACACUGGAUAUUCGUCAGUCGUUGAAUGUCACUCAAAGGAGACAGUACUAUUUAUUGUGUAGGGGACCGAAGUAUACUUUUGAUGAAACAAGAAUAACAAGUAACUUAUACGAGGAACUGCAAUCAAUAUACUCAGACGCAGAAAUAUGUAUUCCGUCGGACACAAACAUCGCCUCAACGAACUUGACACAAGUCGAAGCAGCCAUCUUGAAUUAUCUGUCAAACGUCAAAACAUUUUUCACAAACCAAUAUGGCGACGGUGUCUUUGCCGCCAAAUUCGCUGUCAACCGUUACAUUCAAGACAAAAAUAUGAUUUGCUUGAGGGGGGAAUCUGAUUUUGAUAAAAUGAUGGCUUUCUCGAGGAAUGAGGAGGUUUUGCGGUGGUUAUGGCUGGUUUGGAGGGAAAAGGUGGGACCUCCGAUGAAGGAACCCUAUCGGAGAUUGGUUUCUUUUGAGAAUAAGGCUGCGAGACGUAAUGGGUACCUCAACAUAGGCGUCGCUUGGCGCGAAGAACUGGAAGUAACAAAGCUGCGUCAACUGUCCCGACAGCUGUACAGCAAUAUAAAGCCGUUAUACAGCCUAUUACAUGGGGUUAUGAGAUUCUAUCUUCGAAGAUUCUAUGGUGAUAUUGUACCAGCUCAUGGUCCUAUACCUGCUCAUUUAUUGGGAAAUCUUUGGUCGCAAAACUGGGAGCCUCUAGCUGAUUUGUUGCUACCUCAAACUAUAGAUUUAGAUGAGAGCAUUAAAAAACUAAAUUGGACUGUCUUGCAUAUGGCAAAAAGAGCAGAAGACUUUUACCAAUCGCUUGGCCUGCCCGCCAUGACAGCUACAUUUUGGCGCGAAUCCGUGUUUUCGCGGGCAAAUAACAGUGACACGCGCUGUCACGGCACAGCGGCGGACAUGUUCCAAGAUGGCGACUUUAGAUUGCUGUACUGUUCAGACACAUCUAAAGAGGAUUUCUACGUGUUGCAUCACGAGCUCGGUCACAUCCAGUACUAUAUGGCCUAUGAACAACAACCUGCGAUAUUCAGGCAAGCCAAUGCAGCUCUCCACGAAACCAUAGGAGACGCCAUCAUGUAUGGAGUCCUAACACCACAACAUUUAAACAGACUUGGACUCAUCAACGAUUCCCUACUCUACACAACCAAUUAUCAACCUACAGACAAGAGAGAUAAAGAUGAAAAUGCAAAUAAAGAUGCAAAGGUUGAAAGUAAAAGAGAAUUUGUAAAAGAAGUUUUGGAGGAAAAAUUAAAAGAAGCUCAAAUACUUUUAAAAGACAAAGAAAUACCAAAAUUGUUUGAAGAUAAGGACGUGACUACAGACACGAUACUCUUGCUAAAACAGGCCUUAAACAAAUUACCACAGAUACCAUUUUCCCUUGCCAUCGAUGAGUAUAGAUGGAAGUAUUUUGAAGGUAACUUGCGGGAAGUGAACAAGGAAUUUUGGACUUUAGUGGAAGAGUUGCAGGGGGUGGCUGCGCCCGGUGAAAGAGGGGAGGAGUAUUUUGAUGCAGGAGCCAAGUUCCAUGUACCAGAUAAUACAGCUUAUUCAGUUCAACUUAUUCCAUUAAAUUCCAGGUACUUUUUAAGCAGCUUCCUGCAGCACCAGGUCUUCGAGAAGCUAUGCAAGGCUGCAAUAUUCGGGCGACGGAGCGCAGACGGCGACAUACCGGACAGCAUCAGCCUGACCAGGUGUGACAUCUACGGGUCUAAAGCUGCUGGGAAGAUUUUGAAAGAUCUCAUGUCUCGAGGCCACUCGCAACACUGGAGUCAAAUUCUUGAAGCGACAAUAGGAGAGCGCGUCAUAUCGUCGUCAGCUCUGAACCGAUACUACCGACCGCUGUACGUGUUGUUAGAAAAGUUCGUGCGCGCGCACCGCGUCCCUAUUGGCUGGUAAUUGUUAUUGUAAAUUUUAUUUAUUUUUUCGUGUGUAGUCUUAUUAAAUUUGUUGGAGAGAUUAA